AUCUAUAUGACGCGUUUUUGUUCUAUGAAAAGUGUAAUAAUGGGUAAUAUUGUUUGUACAAUUGAUAGAAAAUAAUACAAGUGUUUAAAAAAAAAAUUAUAUUAAUUUUAACGAUAAAAUUUUUCUAAUGAAUUUAUUAAGUUGAUAAUAGCGCAUAUUGUGCUGUUUUAAUGUCUUGGUUAUAUAAAAGAAUGAAUUACUAAUAUAUGAUAAAAAAUAUAUAAUAUAUAUAAUAAAACGCUUAUAAUUUUAUUUUAAAAAUUAUAAAUAAUUAUAUUUUAAAAUGUGAAUUUAUAAUUAUUUUUAAAAAAUGAUAGAAUAAGGUCUAAAAUUUUUAUUUGUUUUAUAUUAUUUUGAAAUAAUAAAAUAAAUUGCUUAUAAAAAUGAGUACAGAAGAUGAAUAUAAUAUAGCCACAAGAUAUAGAACUGUUCGUAAACAUUUAGAUAGUUUAGGCUAUAAACAAGCACUUACAUUUGAUGCACUUCCAUUAAUUGAAAAAUUGUUGGCUGAUUUGAUACAAACAACAGAAAGCUUGAAACAUUUUAAAAAUAUUGCUCAAGAAAAUAUUGAGGCACAUAUUCAAUUACAAUCAACAAUUGAUCCUUAUAAAUGUGAUAAUGUAAGGCUAGUGCAAGAAUGUAACCAGCUUCAUUCAGAUUUGAUAAAAGAAAAAGAAAGUCAUCAAAAGCAAAUUAAAGAUCUUAAGAAAGAAAUAUAUAAAUUAGAGCGUGAAUGUAAUGAUCUUCAACUAUCAUCUUCUCGUAAUUUACAUAGAAUUAAGGAAUUAGAAACUGAAUCUGCUAAGAAGUCAAAAAGAAUUUUGGAACUCCAAGGAAAAUGUUUAAAACCAACUAUUAGCAAUGUUGGAUUAGCUUCUAAGAAACGUUCUGUUUUCCCACUUCGAAGACCAGUUAUAGAAAGUGAACCAUUACCAAAAACAGGAAUUAAAUUUACACCAUUACCAAAUUUAAGCAUUGUGGAACCAAAAAUUAUUGAUUUGUUAAAUAUGGCAGAUCAUAAGAUGAAUUGUUUGAGUCAUGAGGUAACAAAUUUAAAAGGAGAACUCUCUUUACAAAAUGAUAAUGUACAAAUAUUAAAAAGUCAGUUGACUACUAAAGAAAAAGAAAUUUUACGAUUGAAGAAAAUGUUAGAAGGAGGUAGACCAUAUUUAGCUGUUUCUAAAGAUUAUAAAAAAACAGAAAAUAAUUAUGUAAUAUCUGAUAAUGUAAAUGAUGAAUUAAAAAUACUUCAACAAGAAAAAUUGGAAUUAGAGCAACAAUUAAAAGAAGCUUUAAAUAAACAACAUGAUGCUAUGUCUCAAGCACUUAAACUUGCUGAUCGAAAUGAGGAAUUGGAAAAGGAAUUAAAAGACAUUGAUUAUAUCGCAUUAGCAGUAGAAGCUGAUUGUAACUCAACAGUUAAAGAAAAUAAUAAAAGAGUUUCUAAAUUGCAGGAAAAAUUAGAGAAUGUAACGACAAGAGUACAUGUAUUAGAAGAUGAAUUAACUACUGAACAUAGAGAAGUACAAGAAUUAAGAACAAAUCUGGAAACAUGUAGAUUAGAGAAACUUAAUAUUCAACGUACUUUGGAAUGUACUUUAGAUGAAAAAAAGCAGAUGACUGAUAGAAUAAAUGAAUUAACUGUAAUUGAAAAAAAUUUAAAUGAUGAGAUCGAAAGAUUGGCUAAGGAAAAUGAAAAACAAAAACAAGAUAUUAUUCAAUUACAAUAUAGUAAUAAGUUAUUAAAAGAGCAAAUGAAUGCAAAAGAUAUAUUAUUAGAUAACAAUGGAACAAAUGAAACUAAAGAAAAAGGAAGAAAAAAUAAUUAUAAUAAAGAACAAAAUAGUAUAGAUUUUCAAGAAAUACAUAAAGAAACAAAGAUUUUUCAAGAUGUAAAUCAUACUGGACAUAACAAUAUAUUGAAACAAUUAGAUGGAAAAGAUAUUGAAACAAAUUUGCAACAGGCGAUUGAACAAUUAAGAAACGAAAGAGAUUUUUAUAAAAACGAAUACAAGAAUAUUAAGGAUAAUUACAAUAAAACAAUUGAAAUAGAUCACGUUGAUUUCUGUUCACGAAUUCGAGAAUUGAAAUGUCAUUUAAAUGAAAAAGAAAAUGCAUUGGAUAAAUUACAACAAGAGAAAAGAGAAUUAUGUCGUGAAAAAACUAAUUUAGAAACACAUUUACAUACUUAUAAAAAUGAACAUAAAACACCACAUCGACUUUGCAAUGUUUGCAAACGUGGUAUUGUGUGUAAUUGUUCUCCUCUAGUUAUAAAAGAUAGCAAGAUAAAGGAUAUUAUUGAACGUCUGGAACAUGAACGAGAUAUUGCACGAGCUGAUAUCGAUCGUUUAAUUGAAGAACGUAAUGCAUUACGUGAAAGAUUAAAGAUAGCAACAGAAGCACAUACAUCUGAACAGCGUCAUUUAAGAGAAAAUUUGACUGAUGUUGAAACUCGACUGAAACAAAUAGAAAAGGAACGACAAGAACUUUUACUUACGCAAGGAACACGAAGAGCAACUAUAAAAGGACUUGAAGAUCAAUUACAAGAUCUACGAGAAGAAUUACGACGAACCAAACAAGAAUUAGGAACACAAAGAACACAAUAUUUUCAACUUCGCGCUUUACAAGAUCAAACGGAUCAAACAUUGGGAGAUGCUCAGAAUCAAUUAACGCAAUCGGAAUCCGAAUUAAAUAAAGUAUUGGAUCGUAAUAAAACAAUAGAGCGACAAAAAUUACAACUUGAAAAUCAAAUAAAAGAUUUAGAAAAAGAAAUUAAUAAUCUUAAAGUGAAUAUGACACAUUUAGAUCAUGAAAAAGAUCAAUUAUUGAUGGUAUUGGAUGAAAAGACAGAAAAAAUAGCUGCUUUAGAAAAAGAAAUAGUAUUAAAAGGACAACAAAUAAUAGGAAACGAACAACAGAUUCGCGAUCUACAACACAAAAAUGAGAUGUGCGUGGAUCAAACCGCGGAUGCGAAUCGGCAAUUAAGGUCGAUACAACUGGAGAUGGAAAAUCUUCAACGACAAUUGCAAACGGUUUCAUACGACCGAGACAAUGCUAUCCAGGAAAAUCGACGAACUCAGGACGAUUUAGCUGCGGCUACUAGUGAAGUAAGAAAUCUGCAGCGCGAGUUAGAAACAUCUCGUGGCGAGUCGUUUGAUCUGAAGAGACAGCUUCAGACUUACGUUAGCGAGGUCCGCAGAGCUGAAGAACUUCUCAAUAGAAAGGAAAAUGAAAGAUCAGAAAUGUUGAAUCAUUUUAGAAGUUUGAGUUUGGAGGCGACUGUUUUGGAAAAUAAUAAUCAUAGUUUAGAAUCUGAAGCAGCUGAAGCGAGAGGAGCGCUUAAAUCUGCCAGGGAUAGAUUAUUGGAUUUAGAACGACAAUUGGCGGAUAAGGAUAGCUUAAUAAGGGGCUAUGAGACUCAGAUUAGUGAAUUAACUCAGAAUGUGGCAAGUUUGGAAACACAAUUACGUCAGCAAGGAGAACAAAAGCAUAGAGCAGAAGCUGAUUUAACUGCUGUUAGAGAUCUAUGCAUGAAAUUGGAUGAGCAAAAAGAUACACUUAUGGCACAGUUAGACGAUAAAGAUUCGCUUAAAACACAGUAUGAUAUGCAAAUUGCUAAAUUAAAAGCGGAACAAGCUGUCAUUCAAGAUCAGAUGACCAAAGAUCGGGCGACAGUAGAACGUCUUGAGAUGUUAUUGGAUCAAGCAAGACAGGAAUCUAUAACUGCGCAAACUAAUAAUCAGGAGCUUCAAAAUGAGAUGUCCAGAUUAAGACAAAAAAUGUCUGAACUUCAAACUAAAUUAUCUUCAGAAUCAACAAAACUUCGACAAUAUCAAACUCAAGCUGCAGAGUAUUCUAAACAAAUUAGUGAACUUCGUAGACAAGUUACGAAUGAAAGAUUUGAUCGCGCAAGAAAAGAAGAAGAAAGUCGUAGACCUUGUGAAGAAACUCCUGAUCCACCUGUCCAAGUUCCAUGUCCAAAAUCUUACUUUCCUAAUGAAACAAAUGAAACAAAAUACAGGUCUUUAAAUUCGACACCAGACAGUUUUAACGUAGAUUUAAAUGUGGUUAUAUAAAAUCAUUUAACCUAUCCUAAUCAAUAGAUAUUUGCAGAAUGAAACAAGCAAAGAAUACGAUGGACUGGCUGAAAGAAGCAGAAUGAAAAUAAUAAAUCCCGUCACUAUAUCACACUCGGGAUAUUUAAACUUGCAAAACUACAGACGCAAUAAUCAUGCAAAACAUAUUCACUGUGAUGUUCCUUGCAUAAAUAUAAUUUUACGUUCAGAUUGUAAAAUGCAUUCCAGUCUGUAUAAUUAUCUACAAAAGGAAAAUGCGCAACAAGAGAUACAAAAUGAGAGUGCACCACUUUUUCAAAUCAACGAAAAUUCAAUGAAAGUUGAUUUUAAACCAUUAAAUACGUCUCAGUUUAACUCGUUUAAUGGAAAAUAUAAUCAUACUGCUUUUAAUACAGAAAAUUGUUUUAAUGUGUCGCAGUUAGUAGGAAUGCAAUAUGAAAAAAAAUAUAAUCAAGGUAACUUUUAAUAAUAUUUCAUAAAUUUGACAAUAAUAGUCCAUUGUUUCAUAUGAUAUCAAAUAGUAAUAAGCUUUGGUCAAAUUCAAAAUAAAUUUGUUUUCCAAAAAUGAAACAAUUUUAGGACAAUCAGAAAUAUUAAAUAAGGAUAAAAUAAAAACUUUAAAUGCAGAUAAUGAUAUUGAAUCUAGACUAAAGGUAAAUGAAUUUGUUAAAUAUCAUGCAGAAUUUUGUAAGGAAUUGUCCACAAAAAGUUUUCCCAUUAUAAAAUUGGAAGCUACAAAACAAAUAAAUGAAAAUAUUGAAGUUCCUAAAAAAAAAGAUUCGUCAUUGAAUUUCGAGAAAACGAUUACGAAAAAUGAAUCUGUAAAGUUCCUAAAUGAUUUAAAAUUAACUACGGAAAAUAUAGAAUUAAAACCUACAAAUAACUUAUCUAAUUUCCAACUUACAAGAUUGGAAAAUCUACUAAAACCUGUAACUUAUACAUCGUCUAAAAAAUUUUUAUACACGAAUUAUUUUAGAGAUCCUUAUAUUACUAGAAAUUUAGAAGAAAAUAAUCAAAUUCAAAAUACUAUUUGUACUAAUGAAACAGAAAAUAUUUACAAAACAAAUUGUAAAAAAUACGAAACAGCUAUAAAUUAUAAAAAGGAUAAAUUUUAUGAAAGUACAUUAGAAAAUAAAUUUACAAAUUUGCCAUUUCAAAAAGAAAA